UGAUAUUUUAGCACCAAUUGCUAAGAAGUGUCAAAUGAAAAACCGUUUAGGUAAUAUAUGAAGGUUUUAGUUAUUCGGUUGAUUUUUUUUUCUAAUCACUAUAAUACUAAAUUGUUACAUCGUUUAUUGUCUGUAACUAUUUUUCUAUGAUUGUCUGUGAACUGACUUCCGAAAAUGGCGGAUGUCCUCAGGAAACCUUCCAAGAGAAUAAAAAGGCAAGCAAGACUUGAAGCCGAAAACACGGUUAAAUUAACGAAAAAUAGCACGAAAAGCGCCAAGAGAAGGCAGAGAAGAAAGAGAAGCAAGUCCAAGUAUUACAGAGUGCUGAAAAAACGACGCACAAACAAAACUACGGAAGAUUUGUGCUCCGCAAUAAACUUAUUUGACGUGACCGAUAUGGAUUGGUCGCCGAACCACGGGCUAAACCAUCUACCGCUAGAGGUCAGCGAGUGGCAGAAGCAAGAUCAAAUCGCCUAUUGGAAAUCUCGCGCCAUCAGUUUAGAAAUCGAAAACAGGAUGCUGCAUCAACAUUUGAGGAACGUUUAUGCCAAACAGAUCGAAGAUUACGCAGGGCAAAGUGAGUGGGUUGACAUUAAAAAGGACGAAUCGGAAGCCGGGCCAUCUAAAGAAAUGAAAAAGGAUAAAGUUAUGCCAAAAAUCCCGGAAGGGAAGGAGAGGGCCGAAGAAAUGCGGAAAAUAUACGGGGACCGGGCGCAGAAGAUUAUGGGCAUGGAAACGGCAAUACAAUUGAACUACGAACGUCACGUGGAAGGUUGCAACACGCCCUUUUGGCCCAAUUUACCGAUAAAACUUUAGCUUCGUUAGCGAGCUCGGGAGCGGAUUUAAAAUUACCGAUGAUACUGUUUUCCUAAUUCAUGGAGACAGUUCAUUAAGCUAGGGCUGACUGCUGAAGACUAGUUGAAUGAGCGUUGGACCAUGAUGACUCAUUACAUCACCUUCUUUUUCACCAGAGCAAAUAAACCAGAAUUUGAGUAUAUAUGAAUUCCCACUACAAAAUAUGUCUAACUAAAUAUAUAUUAGAAUGUCAUACUAAAACUUUGCCUUAUCAAUGUUUGUACAUUUGUGAACAAACACGAUCAAGUACGAGAAACCAUAUCACAUUAUUAUCAAACCUGUGGUUAAAACCCAAAGGUUUCUAGUCUAUAUUCUUCCGGAAGAAUAUAUUUUACCCUAAACCUCUUAAGCAUUACAUCCAGGCAAAACUGCAGAAAUUAAAUAGGGUAUUGAUGUAACUUAUAAAAUAUAUGUAUUCAUGUUGAUUAAUCAUUCAGUUUAUGUUUAAAAGCAAUCAUCAUUAUCAACAAUAAAAAAUUAAUAUUUAAAAAGUUUUUCCU